CUUUCUUAAUGUUUCAGCGUUCACUCGCUGUGUGUUCCUGUAGGUCCUGUACACAGUUUUGCACAGAGAAACAGGAGUCCAGCAGACGCUUACAUAGGAAGACUGUGCUCCAGCUAAAGCUACGGCGCUGAAAUGAGUUUCCUUGGGGGUCUGUUUGGUCCUUUGUGUGAAAUCGAUGUAAUCCUGAACGACGCCGAAAGCAGAAAAACAGCAGAGCUGAAGACCGAGGAAGGGAAAUUGGAAAAGCAUUAUCUGUUUUAUGAUGGAGAAUCGGUUUCAGGAAAGGUAAAUAUCAAUGUGAAACAAACAGGCAAGAGACUGGAACAUCAGGGAAUUCGCAUUGAAUUUGUUGGACAGAUUGAGCUCUUCAGUGAUAAAAGCAAUACUCAUGAGUUUGUAAACCUUGUGAAAGAGCUUGCUCUGCCUGGAGAGCUGACGCAGAACCGCAGCUAUGACUUUGAGUUCAUGCAGGUGGAAAAGCCAUAUGAGUCCUAUGUUGGAGCAAAUGUGCGGCUGAGAUAUUUCCUUAAAGUCACAAUUGUGAGGAGGUUGUCUGAUUUGGUAAAGGAAUGUGACCUCAUUGUCCAUCAGCUGGCCACUUACCCCGAUGUCAACAAUUCUAUCAAAAUGGAAGUAGGCAUUGAAGACUGUCUACAUAUAGAAUUUGAAUACAAUAAGUCCAAGUAUCACCUCAAAGAUGUCAUUGUGGGUAAAAUUUAUUUCCUGCUUGUACGAAUUAAAAUCCAACACAUGGAGCUUCAGUUGAUAAAGAAAGAAAUGACAGGAAUUGGUCCGAGUACAACUACUGAGACGGAGACUGUGGCCAAAUAUGAGAUUAUGGAUGGAGCACCAGUCAAGGGUGAAUCAAUUCCUAUUCGGCUCUUUCUGGCUGGUUAUGACCUAACACCCACAAUGAGAGAUGUCAACAAGAAGUUCUCUGUGAGGUUCUUCUUGAACUUGGUUCUUGUGGAUGAUGAAGACAGGAGAUACUUCAAACAGCAGGAAAUUGUUUUGUGGAGGAAGGCACCAGAGAAACUGCGAAAACUAAACUUCCAUCAGCGCUACGAGUCACCCGAGUCUCGGCCGAGUCUCUCUGCUGAGCAGCCAGAGAUGUGAGGAGAGGGAUUGGAGCAACCCGCCAGGGAAACUUGUUCCUCUGAGUGAGGGGUUAGAAGAAAGGAGAAAAACAUACAGAUAGCUGUUCAAUUGGUCGUCCCUCACAGCUUGUGCUGAUAAACUGUGCCUGAAUUGGCUCUAUCCACCCUGCCGUCCACAGCAAGCAAUCUGUUAGUAUUCAAGGACACAUUUUAGAAAGCACUGGAAAUCAUGUCAGUCAUAUAACACAUCUUCAAGGUUGCACGCCUCCAUAGAAGAAAUGUUUUUAAAAGUGCACUCACUGGUAUCGUCUAUGUUCCACAUAGAGCAAAAACACAUCUUAGAGAGCUUCCUCAUGCAUGCUGGCUGGUUAUCGGAGUUCAUAGCAACAUUUAAUAAAGGCUAUGGGGCCCAAGUAAAAAAAGAGGUCAA